GGAUCUCAUCCCAAUUCACAAUAUUCUCUCUCGCUGCUGAUCCGCCAGGCCAGAAAUGUCAAAAUGGCGUCAUCACAGGACGCUUGGUAUCUUUCACUUCUUGGAUUAGCUGAAACUUUUCGUACUUCAAAUCCACCAAAUAUUAAAUCGUGCAUACAGUGUUUACAAGCAGUUUUUCAUUUUAAACCACCACCAAGAGUUGAAGCCAGGACACAUCUACAACUUGGCAAUAUUUUAUUGACUCAUACUAAAAAUACUGCACUCGCGCGCUCUCAUCUUGAACAAGCGUGGAGCCUAAGUCAAAAUAUAAAUUCAUUUGAUGAUGUACGAUUUGAGGCAGCAAGUAUUGUUGCUGAGUUGUAUGAACAACUUGAGCCAAAUCUCAGUAUGCCAAUACUCAGAAAAGCAAUUGAAUUAUCACAAAAUAAUGUCUAUUGGCAUUGUCGUCUUAUAUUUCAAUUAGCUCAAAUGCAUGCAUCAGCACGAGAUUUCUCAGCAGCUGAUGGUUUAUUAGAAGUUGGUAUUGAAUUUACACAACAUAACAAUGCAAGUUAUACAAGAUUAUUAUUUACAUUAAGUAGAUGUAUGUUAUUGUUGAUUGAUAAAAAAUUUAAUGAAGUACAUCAAUUACUUAAUAUUGCUGGACGUGGUGUUGAUACAUGGGAAGGUAGUAUACAUCAAAAAGAAUAUCUUAAAGUAUACUUUUUAGUAUUACAAGUAUGUCAUUAUUUAAUGGCUGGACAAGUUAAAAGUGUCAAACCAUGUUUAAAACAAUUACAACAAAGUAUACAAACAAUAAUGUCACCAAAUUGGCCAUCAGAUGAAAUUGUUGCUGGUACAAAUAGUGGUGAUAUGUUUAUAUGGAUGCCAAAAGAUCAUUUAUAUGUACUUGUUUAUUUAGUUACUGUAAUGCAUUCAAUGCAAGCUGGUUAUAUGGAAAAAGCACAAAAAUAUACUGAUAAAGCAUUAACAUAUAUUGAAAAAUUAAAAAAUACAGAUAAUAAACCAAUUUUAUCUGUAUUUCAAUUAAUGUUACUUGAACAUAUUGUUAUGUGUCGUCUUGUUAUGGGUAAUAAAAGUGUUGCACUUGCUGAAAUAUCACAAGCAUGCCAAUUAUGUAGAAAACAAAGUAAAUUAUUACAAGGACAUGGACCACAAUUACAUACAUUACUUGGUUUAUAUGCUAUGUCAAUGAAUUGUAUGGAUUCAGCUGAAGCACAAUUUAUAGCAACUGUUAGAACAUCACAAGAACGUGAACUUGUUACAUUUGCUAGUUUAAAUUUAGCUAUUGUUUAUUUAAGAACUAAAAGAGAUAAAGAUUUAACUGAUUUAUUAGAUAGAAUUAAUCCAGAAACAUUACCACCACAUUCACAUUCUUUAAAAGCUGCUGCAUAUUAUGUACAAGGUUUACAAGCAUUUUUUGGUGCAAGAUACAAUGAAGCAAAGAGGUACCUGAGAGAAACAUUAAAAAUGGCAAAUUCAGAGGAUUUAAAUAGGCUAACAUCAUGUAGUUUAGUAUUACUUGGACAUAUAUUUCUUUCACUUGGUAAUGAGAGAGAAUCAAUGAAUAUGGUUACACCAGCAAUGCAAUUGGCAUCUAAAAUACCAGAUGUACAUGUACAAUUAUGGGCAACAGCAAUUCUCAGGGAUUUACACAAUCGUAAUGGUAAUACUGGACGAGAGAAUGAUGCAUAUCAAAUGCAUUGUAAUUUUUCACAAACAUUAUUAAAAGAUCAUUUUCAAAGUACACAAAUGAAUGAACACGUUCUUAUUCAAUGGACAGAUGGUCCAAUACCAGCAUUACAAAACAAUAUACCACCAUCAACAUCUCGAGCAAUUAUUUAACUGGUGCAAGUGAUUAUUUAUUUAUUAUUAUUAUUUUUUUUUAUUAAUGCAAAAUUACUUAAGGUAUUUAAAAGUCAGCUGAUUGAAAAUAAAACAAAUUUUUAAAAAUGAGGCAGCUUAGUUUUUUUGCAUUUGUCACUACAUAAUUUGGUAAUUUAAAAAAAAAAAAAAAAGACAAACAAAAAUCAAUGGGGCGAAAAAUCAAAUAUUUAUUUAAUUUUUUUUCAUUUUGGUAAUUUGUACAAAUUUUAUAAUUAAUUAAUUGGCAAGGACAACAAGUUUUUAGUUUCUGGAGAAAUUUAAAUAUUGUUAUUUUUACCAGUGA